AUGAUGAAACACCAGGAAAUAACAAACAAAAACCAUGAAGCAUCACUAAAAAGCCUAGAGAGGCAGAUUGGGCAACUCUCCAAGCAAAUUUCUGUUGAGAGACCUUCAAGCUCACUGCCCAAUGACACAAUCCCAAAUCCCAAGGAGGAAUGCAAGGCAAUACAAUUAAGGAGUGGGAGAACGUUGAUGAGCAACAAUGACACUACAAAGAAGCAAACAGAGAGCAUCAAAGAACCAACAGAGGAUGAGAAGCAAACAAAAGCAAAUGAAGCUAAGGAGCAAGUUGUGAUGCCAAACAAAAGCACUGAGAAACUUAAAGAGAAGGACAACCAGCCACAUAGCUCAAGGGAACUGACUCAGGGACAGCAGCAAAUAGGAAAGAGCAUCGUACCUCCACUGCCAUAUCCUCAGAGGUUCAACAAAGAGGUUAAGGACCAGCAUUUCCACAAGUUCCUUGAGACCUUCAAGAAGCUGGAAAUCAAUAUUCCCUUGGCUAAAGCACUUGAGCAAAUGCCUCUGGCCUUGAUUCAAAAAGGGCUUCCUCCUAAGCUUGAGGACCCAGGGAGCUUCUUGUUGCCUUGCACCAUUGGGAAAUUGACCAUCACUAAAGCAAUGUGCGAUCUUGGAGCGAGUAUUAAUUUGAUACCAUCCUCCCUGGUGAAAAAGCUGCAUAUAGAGGAAGUCAAACCAGUACAAAUGUCUCUGGAGCUGGUAGAUAAGUCAAUGGUAUACCCCAGGGGUGUAAUUGAAAAUCUUUUGGUCAAGGUGGACAGUUUUAUAUACCCUGCUGAUUUUGUGGUUCUGAAUUCAAACGAGGAUGAUGGUGACUCUGUUAUACUGGGAAGGCCAUUCUUGGCCACUGCUAGAGCUAUCAUAGACGUAGAGGAAGGGGAAUUAACUCUCAGGAUGCAUGAUCAGAGUGUCACUCUGAAGGUAUUACCAGAGGCACAAUUUAGCAAGGAGAAAAAGACUAUAUGA